UAAUGAUUCAUAGUUAAAGCAGCACGUUAAAGUUGGAGGUAAAAUAGUUAUUAUUUUCUGGAGUGUUUAUGUGGGAAUGUGUGCCCAUUCAUUCUGUAGAGCAUUUAUGAGGUCAGGCUCUGAUGUUGGACCGGAAGGCCUGGCACACAAUCUUUGUUCCAGUUCAUCCUAAAAGUGCUGGAUGGGGUUGAGGUCAGAUCUCUGUGUGGGCCAAUCAAGUUCUUCCUCUGAACUCAUCAAACGACGUCUUUCCGGUCCUUUUUUGAGGUCUGGGGCACAGUCAUGUUGGAGUAGAAAAGGGCCUUCCCCAGACUGUCACCACACAGUUGGAAUCAUAGCAUUGUCCAGAAGGUCUUAGUAUGCUGACGUGUUAAGACUGGCUUUGACUAGAGAUGAGGGACCUAGACCAAACCCUGAAAAACAGCCCCAUACCAUCAUUCCUCCUCCACCAAACUUCACAGUUGGCUCACUGCAGUCAGUCAGGUAACAAUCUCCCAGCAUCCUCCAAACUAAGACUCACCAUCUGACUGCCAAAAAGAGAAGCCUGAUUGGUCACUCCACAGAACACGUUUCCAAUGCUUCACAUUUCCAGUGCUGGUGUGCUUUAUACCCCCACAUCCGACGCUUGGCAUUGGACUUGGUGAUGUGAGGCUUGCAUGCAGCUGUUGCCAUGGAAACCCAUUUAUGAAGCCCCUGAAGCUUUUAGUGUUUACAUCAAUUCCAGUGGAAACUCAGAACGCUUCAGCCAUAGAAUCAGCAGAAACUUGGAGACUUUUACACAUGAUCCUUUGCAGUCGUUGGCUCCGCUCUAGGAUUUUACCUGGUCUUCUGCUUCAUGGCUGAGUUGCUGUUGUUCCUAAACUCUUCCUCUUAAUAAUAUCACUCGAAGUUGGCAGUGGAAAAUCUGGCAGGGAUGAUAUUUCACCAACUGUCUUAUUGCAAAGGAGGCAUCCAUCACAAUACCACAAUUGAAAGCACUGAGCUCUGCCAAAUGACCCAUUUAGGAUCACAAAUGUAGACUGCACGGCUACAUGUUUGAUUGUACACACCUUAGGAAAUGGGUCUGAUUGAAACACCUGAAUUUAGUAACUAACCGAUGUGGACAGAUACUUUUGUCUGUAUAAAUUCAGGUUGAUUGAGUCACAAGGCUGAACGAGGCAGUUAACAAUAAGGGUGUAUUUUUCAUUAUAUGAACUAAAAUAACUUUUUCUGAGGCUUAGAUGAAACACUACAUUAAAACAUUGAAAAAAUAUAUGAACUACACUCCAUCACUGGACAUUAUUUGUCGUUUAUUUAACAUGAGUUCGGCCAACGGAUUUAUUUAUACCAUCUACAAUACAGGACAGUAAAAAAUCAAGAGUCGUUGUAUUUCUUCUUAAUGUACAUGAACUGAAGUUAAAGCCGUUUGUAAUAGCUUAUUGUUACCAGCAGGUGGCGAUUAUGCUGUAAACUGCCGGCUUAAAACCGAAGAAGAAUGUUCGGCACACACGGUUUCCUGUCAUGCGCAGUAGCGAUUUGAAGCAGCUAUGGCGACGGCGGCGGAGAAGUCAACGAAGGAGCGACUGUUGUCUGUUUUGGAUGAUUUGGAAGUUUUAUCACGGGAGCUCAUAGAGAUGUUGGCUUUGUCCAGGACUCAGAAACUACCACAGCCAGGAGAGGACACACAGAUCCUGGAGCUGCUGGUGCAGAGGGACAGGGAGUUUCAGGAGCUGAUGGAGGUGGCUCAACAACAGGGGAAGGUGCACCAGGAGAUGCAGCUGCUGGAGAAGGAGGUGGAGAAGAGAGACAGUGACAUCCAGCAGCUCCAGAAACAGCUGAAGGAGGCUGAACACAUCCUGGCCACUGCAGUUUAUCAGGCGAAAGAGAAACUAAAAUCCAUAGAAAAGGCCAGAAAGGGAAGUAUCUCCUCAGAAGAAAUCAUCAAAUAUGCUCACAGGAUCAGUGCAAGUAACGCUGUGUGUGCUCCGUUAAACUGGGUCCCAGGUGAUCCUCGCAGACCUUACCCCACAGACCUGGAGAUGCGUAGUGGGAUGCUGGGUCACAUGGCCAACUUGCCAACAAAUGGCAUGAAUGGACAUUUGCCAGGUGACGCUCUGGCUGCAGGGAGGCUUCCAGACGUUUUGACGCCUCACUACCCCUGGCAGUCCUCGGAUGUCUCUGUGGGAAUGCUUCCUCCUCAUCAUGGCAAUGACUUCGGCCUGGAGCCUCCGGGUCACAAUAAGGAGAACGAGGAUGAUGUAGAGGCCAUGUCGACUGACUCGUCCAGCAGCAGCAGUGACUCUGACUGAACCACAGAGACCAGGAGUUUGUGUGAGGUCACCACGGAGCAUCGUCUUCUUCUUUGGUCAUUUAUAAUGCAGCCAAGCUCAGGACUCAUACAUGGAUGGACUAGAUUUAAUUUGAAGGACAAUUCUGUUGAAGUGCACCUCAUGUACAGAAAAAUUAGCCGUCUCUGCUGAAUUUUUGUCUUUGUUUGAGAUUUUAUUUGACAGUUACAGACGAGCUCAUUCCUGAAAUGGAAAGAAUUUAAUGUAAACACUCAAACUGAGGCUCUGCUCUACUAUUAAAUUACGCUUUAUCAUCCUUAUGUCAGCUGGGACUUCAGCUUUCAUUGUUUUGUUAAAGAAUGGCCAUCUUUGAUUCAUCAAGUUUGUAAGAGUAGAAUUACAUCUUCCUCAUUGAUCCUGACAUUACCAAAAACAGAAUGCAUGAGUCUGCACUUUUAAUAUCAACAUCACAAAUCUUUAGGCAAUAGACCGCAGUCGUUUGGGUACAGACUCUGUGCUCUGGGUCUUUGUGAGCCUAAAGAUCAGGAUGGCCCAGCAGUUAGAUGUCUGCAGACAUUUUUAUCAUUAUAGUGAUUAAAUGAGCCGGCCAUUCAGAGGACUUCCUCUCUCCACAGUGAUAAUCUGGGUCAUACUUCAAGGUUUUAAUUGCAAAAUCAGAGCCUGAAGGAGUCAGAGAAAUUGGUUUUUAGAGUAAGGAGAGUCAAAAGACUUCAUUUUUUUCUGAUUCCUAUUAAAUGUUUCUUAAAAAGGUGGGUUAAAAUUGGCUGACAAUAAAGAUAACAACUUAAUAUCUUUCUAUUAAAGGGGACAUCAUGAAAAGAACGUGUUUUCAGUAUUUAAGCACAUAAAUUUGAACUUUAAAGGUCAUUUAUUUGUUUGAAGAAAGCUUAAACUAAAUGUCUGCAUCAAAAUAAACAAAAAGAGGUCCAAGCUCCGAAACCAAACCAACGAUGCAAACUCUUUGGUGACUUCAUGUUUUAUUUUUGUAUGUUGUAGCAUGUUUGUUUAAAUUCACCCCUUUGUACAUAAGUUUGUACAUACUCUGCCUUGUAAAUAAAUGCUUUUUGAAUACAAAA